CGGGCAGGGAGCGGGCGCGCUCUUUCGACAAGAGGACGCCGCCCCGAGUGCACGCUUGGCUGUAGGCAGUCUAUUCCGGCCCGGAGUCACACGGCACAGCAUAGCCUCCCCAUUGAUCUCAGGCACAGCUACAUCACACCCCGGCGAAUCCAAGCUACAUUUCCUGGUAACUGUUGUGUCGUGUGAACUUCUGCAUCCAUCUUGUUUCUGCACACUUUGAAGAAUUCUGAGAAUAUGACUAACAACCAAAUCAGCCUUCCUGCUAAACUCAUCAAUGGCGGAGCUGCUGGAUUGAUUGGAGUUACUUGUGUUUUUCCGAUAGACCUGGCCAAGACCAGGUUGCAGAACCAGAGGAAUGGGCAGCGUACCUACAGCAGCAUGAUGGACUGUUUGAUUAAGACCGUGCGAUCUGAAGGAUAUUUUGGAAUGUACAGAGGUGCAGCUGUGAACCUGACAUUGGUAACACCCGAGAAGGCCAUUAAACUUGCUGCAAAUGACUUUUUUCGUCAAUAUUUGUCAAAUGGUAAAGGCUUAAAUGUGUUCAAAGAAAUGCUGGCAGGUUGUGGGGCAGGAAUCUGUCAGGUUAUUGUCACUACUCCUAUGGAGAUGCUGAAAAUCCAGCUCCAGGAUGCUGGCAGAUUAGCAGCCCAGCAGCGAUUGAUAUUGCCGUCCAGCUCAUCCACUAAAGUUAUAGCUACCAACGCAGUACUGAGUCGAGCAUAUAAUGUUGGCCCUGCUGCUGUUAACAAGCCAAUGUCUGCUACCCAAAUUGCCAAAGAUUUAUUCUAUUCUCAAGGGUUCAGAGGACUCUACAAAGGAUUAGGAGCCACUAUACUGAGGGAUGUUCCGUUCUCUGUUAUCUAUUUUCCAUUGUUUGCCAAUUUAAAUAAACUCGGACAAAAUUCGUUGGAUGGGAAAGCUUCUUUCUUCCAUUCAUUUUUGUCAGGAUGUGUUGCUGGUUCUGUGGCUGCUGUAGCUGUCAACCCAUGUGAUGUGAUCAAAACACGAUUUCAGUCACUACAUAAAGGAGCAAAUGAAGAAACCUACAGUGGAAUUGUGGACUGUGCAAGGAAAAUCUGGGUGAAUGAGGGUCCAUCUGCAUUCCUGAAAGGAUCUGGCUGUCGAGCACUGGUCAUUGCACCACUCUUUGGCAUUGCACAGAUGGUUUACUUUGUAGGUGUAGGAGAAUUUGUCUUAGGAUUUUCACAGUUUGAGGUGUACUAAUUACAUCCAUUCCUGAAGGACUGACCACGUUAGACUGUAUGCUGGAAAAUGCCAAACGAGGAACCAAAGACCCUGAUGCACCUGCUGGAGGGUUCACUCAUUUUACCUUUAUUCCUAUUCCUGAAGUGGUUGUGAAUAUAGGAAUACUGUUUGGAGGAUAAAAGAUAUUGGUCACCAAUCUCCUUAAGCUACUGAACUAAUUUUGAGGCUGUUGGGUUUUGGGAAGUUUAUCUUGAAACUGUUUUAAAAGCUUAAACUAAAGGGGCCAAACUUGUAUUUCCCUCUGCAGCUCCUCAUUCACUUUUUUGUUGCAUUUGUGAAGAAUUGAAACAAAGAUUACUCAAACAUUUUUAUACAUUUAUACAUUGGUCAUAGCAAAUCUCAAUUGAGAUUGGAGACCCUUUUUAAAAGAUGUCUAGGAGAAUGAAAACUAACUCCAGAUAAAGUGACAAAUGGAUUUAAUUUCAUAAUAGGAACGUUUGACUGGACUUGUUAUGUACUGGUUAAGAGGAUAAAUAUAAGAAACACAUUUUUCAAUGACUUGAAUAUCUUCUGGAAAAAUAAUUUUAUUACUUUGAAAUGCUUGAACAAACCAUCCAAUUAUAUAGCUAGCUAUACAGAAUUCAGUAUCAAUGCAGUUACACCUAAGAUUGCCACUUUAACAUGUCAACAUAUUUGCAAAGGCACAUUACAGACCAACUAAGAUACUGAAUAGUAGGCUUAUGGUACAGGACCAUCUGCUCCAGAGCAUUUCAUUCUCACUUUACUAUUGUAGCAAAAUGCCCAUGUUGAGGUCUCAAUUGUGAGACUGGAUUCUCAACAGUUCAGGAUCCCAUGGGAAACCGUAUUGCUGACAGGCAUCCAUAACAUGGAAGGGAGCGAUGUCAUGCUUUUGACAUCUUAACUUUUGUAAGUGUAACUGAUCCUUCGUCUCUAGGUGUUUUACUGUAAUAAUGUAAAUGUCAUGAUACAAAGUACCUCUGGUUAAUGUUUAACUGUAAUGCCUUCUGUGUCAUUGAAAUAUUUACAUGAAGUGCUGAACUGAUGCUGGGUCAAACACUUGCAAAUAUUUGUAUUGACAUAUUUAAGUGAAACUGAGCUGAGAUUCAGACUGAGCUGUGACAAUAAACCUUUUAUAACCUUA